AUGAUAUUCAUCUAUUCAAACUGUUAUUAUGCUGUUAAUAAUAAUAUGCUACAGUAUUUAGCGAAAAAACUCAUCAGUCAAAGAAAAGAUAAUGAAGAUAAAGAUAUAAAAAGUGCAAAUUAUAAAAAGUGUAAAUCAAUAACACAAAAAUUGUCUGAUUUCCACAUACUACUGAAAUCCAUCCUUUCAAAACAACCACAUAAUAAUAAGUUUGAACAAACUUUUCAAGUUCAGCUAUUUGAUAGUGAAUCUACUGACACAAAACUCACUGACGAAUUAGAAACACUUUAUUCUAUUGCUAAUAAAUCUCUAAAUUCAUAUCUUGACGAUACUUUAUGUUCAGUUGGUAUUGAACAACAGCAAGAACAACAAUAUCCAAUCAAUUUAAAACAAGAAAAUUCACCAUUGGGACAUUUAACAGAUAUACCACUUAAACAAUCAUUUGAAGAUCUUCAUGAAAGCUUGAACAUUGAACAAUUUGGUGAUGUUGUGAAUUACAAACCUAAAAUAAAUAAUGACAGCAAAUGUGAAUUACUCGACAACAGUCAAGAAUGUUUUGAUAAUAUUCAUGCCAUUAAUCAUAAAUCACACGAAGAAUGUGAAACAAAGACUGAUGAUAAGCCUACUUCAAAAUUAGAGGAUAAGAAAGAGGCUAGUAAUUCAUUAGUUGAUUUAAACAAACAAUCAUAUAAUUCAGGAACGAAAACUAUUGAACUAUUGAACAAUAAGUCAUCCACUGAGAAACACAGCGAUCCCCAGUCAACUUUUGUUGAUCGACUUGACAGUCCAUUAUCUGAUUUCACUGACUAUUAUUAUCGUUACAACUUUUAUGAGCAAAUAACAAAAGAGGAACAAAAACAAGAGACGGAACACCACCACCAACAACAACAACAGCAAAUAAGAGAAGAUGACCUUGAAGUUAAACCCGCUCAAAAUUCAAUCUUAUCAAAAAGUGAUGAAUUAAAACAAAAGGCUUAUUAUAAAUCACAAAGUAAUUUACUACUAGUCAAGAAAAAUAUCCAAUUACAACAUGCUUUAGUUAAAAAAACUAACCAAAGUUCUACUUCUAGAGUAUUUGAUAAAAAAUCAAAAAAUAAUUUAAAACAAAAUCAUCAACAAAUUAUUUUUCAAGAAUUCAGUAGUACAAUUAUUUGGAUAUUACCUAUUAAACAACAUAGUAUCAUACUGUUACGAAACGAAUUUUCCCGAUCAGCUUUAAAUUGUUCGCGAAUAGACGACAACAGUCAAUUUAAGCAAAGUAACAAUGAAUUUUUAAAGGUUCAAUCUCAGUUAAACAAAAGGCCUGUUGAUACCCUUGAAUAUAAAAUUCAAUUAAAAACACAUGAACAGCAGGCAAUGCUGGCGAUCGACUUCAAUGCAUUCAAUAAUGCUGAAAGUAAUCCAUUUGAGGGCUACUAUCGAAGUUUAUCUCAUUCAGAUUAUUCUCAGUCACCAUCUCACUGGAGUGAUGUUUACUUUGAUUUCAAUGUUGGGAAAGAGAAUAAAUUGCACAUGAAAAUAAGAAAUGAUAUACCACUAAAAUAUUGUGCUACCGUCAUCGCCUAUCAAUUAGGUAAUCCAAUGGCUGAAAAGAAAAUUCACUUCUAUUGGCCUAAUGAUACUACUGAAUUAAAUACUGAUCAAUCAUUGACUGAAAUGAAAUUAGAGAAUAAUGUAGAAAUUAUUACAAAAUUUCAGUCAUAA